AUGGCAUUUUAUUCAAAAAGAAAUUCCCCUUUUUGUGACAGUGGAGGAGGAGGAAGUGAGCAGCUUUCAAGCAGUAGUCUUUGCAGCUGCCCUGAUGAUACUGAUAGCAACAAUUGUGAUGGAAAUGGAAUCAAAUUAGAAGAAACCGAAGCAUGGAAUUUAAGAUUAGCUUAUGCAACAAAUAUGUGUGGCAUUGUUCUUGCUUUAUGCCUUUAUCUUGAUUGCUAUUUCUUUGCCUCUGCUGGUAGUUCUUUUUAUGUAUGCAGCUUUCAGAAUGAUAGCAGUUUAAGGGUGCAAAGAUUGGCUGGUGGAAAGACAUGGUUUAUGAUCAUGACUUUGACCACUCAUUUUACUACUAUUGUUGCUGUUGAUUGUCGUGAUGGCAUUCUUUUCUAUGCUUAUUAUGAGGAUGCCAAGAAGGUGGAACAGUUAUACAGUGAUCCUGUUCAAAGAUUGGUUGCUGAUUGCCUUCUUAUGAAUAUCGAUACAACUGUUGUUUCAGAUCAUAAGGGCAGCAUUGGUGUCUUGUCAUGUUCCCAUCAUUCUACUGAAAAUGCAAGUCCUGAAUCUAACUUGAAGGUUUGUUCUUCCUUAUAUAUGGGUGAGGUCGCAAUGAGCAUCCGAAAGGGUUCGUUUUCAUACAAACUUUUGGCGGAUGAUGAAAUGAGGGGGGAUUGCAAUAUUGCAAGUUCAAUUAUGGAUUCAUCGUCACAUAGUAGUAUUGCCGCAAGCACUUUGUUAGGAAGCAUAAGUCUUGAAGUUUUUGAUGGAAAAGAAUAG